AACGAAUCGCAGCGAAGCAUCUUGCGUCUGCGAAUUGCAGUGUGAUUUAUUGAUUUCAGCUGUCUAGGGACCCUAGAUAUCGGAGGCUCCGGGCGCAGUGUGUUAGCGCUCACGGUCCGAUCCAGACGUGUCUCCGACACUCCGGCCUAGUUUGGAUCCCUGAUUCCUUUUGGCUGUAACACCUAGCCGCCGCUAACACACCGUCACUUUUCGAGCACUAUCACCUUGCUCUCAGGCUUUCAGCCUUUCCCAAUGAGGUUCACCAUCUUGCCUCAGCCCUGGAGUUGCGUCGAACUCGGUUUUGUGUGCUGCCGAGUCCAGACGUAGACAAUGGGGUACACUGCAGGCCGAAAUGGCAUCACCCUCAAGCUCGCCGACGACGGCCGGUGCAUCGUGGCCCGAAUCAUGCAUGGGGGCAUGAUACACCGGCAAGCCACGCUCCACGUCGGUGACGAGAUCAGGGAGAUCAACGGGACACCAGUCGCCAACCAGUCGGUCGCACAGUUGCAGCGUAUGCUGCGUGAGGCUCGAGGUUCGGUGACGUUCAAGAUCGUCCCGUCCUACCGGUCUGCUCCACCACCGUGUGAGCUUUUCCGGAUUAAGCCUUCGCCCGUGCUAAUCUUUGUGAGAGCGCAGUUUGAUUAUGAUCCUCUGGAAGAUGAGCUGAUACCGUGUGCCCAAGCUGGUAUCGCCUUUAACACCGGCGACAUCCUCCAGAUCAUAAGCAAAGAUGACUCUCACUGGUGGCAAGCGAGGAAAGACGCAUCGGGCGGCUCCGCGGGCCUCAUCCCCAGCCCGGAACUACAGGAAUGGCGCGCGGCUUGCGCUGCCGCCGAAAGAUCUACCACCGAUCAAGUUGGAGCCGAAGGAUGCGUCUCCCAUACCGACGGAUGUGAAAACACAGUCAACUGUUCCAUAUUCGGGCGCAAGAAGAAGCAGCCCAAGGACAAGUAUUUGGCCAAGCACAAUGCGGUCUUCGACCAACUGGACGUCGUCACUUACGAAGAAGUUGUCAAGCUACCAUCUUUCCAACGCAAGACAAUAGUGCUCCUCGGCGCUCACGGCGUCGGCCGGCGUCACAUCAAGAACACACUCAUUGCGCGUCACCCGGACCAGUACGCGUAUCCUAUACCACAUACGACGAGACCACCCAGGCCUGACGAGGAGAACGGGAGACACUACUACUUCGUGACCCACGACGAAAUGAUGACCGAUAUUGCUGCAAACGAAUACUUGGAAUAUGGAACGCACGAGGACGCGAUGUACGGCACGAAACUGGAGACCAUCCGGCGUAUCCACUCGGAGCGACGCAUCGCCAUCUUGGAUGUCGAGCCGCAAGCGUUGAAGAUCCUGCGCACCGCCGAGUUCGCGCCAUAUGUCGUGUUCAUCGCUGCACCACCGUUGAACAACGUCGCCGAUUACGACGGCUCGCUCGAAGUGCUGGUUCGUGAGUCGGAGCAACUCCGGCGGACUUACGGCCAUUACUUCGACCUGAACAUCGUGAACAACGACAUCGACGACACCCUCGGACAACUAGAAUCUGCCCUGGCUAGACUCCGCUCGAACCCGCAAUGGGUGCCCGUUUCUUGGGUUUACUGAGCAACCCCGGACUUGACAGACUGCUGUUUGGCCGGAAUCCGCGGAGAGUAUCGAGUUUAGUUAGCAAAACAUUUCUAUCCAACGCCUAGGGCUGUUAUUCAGCUUCUAUUAAUAUUACACACAGUCUAUCAUCGAUGUUGGGUAAUUCGCGGAGGUUCGAGGGCUCAUUCCUGCGCAAAUUUUAAGCAGCUAAUUUGAGCAAGAAUUUGAUAGAAUUUGCUGAUACGUUUCGACAAAAUUUUAAUAGAGCGCGCGGCCAUUUAUGCUCUUUUGGAAUUUUGUCUUGAAACCUUCAAGCAUUUGUUUCAGAUUCAUGCUCAAUGUAGCACAGCUCCCGACUUGUGAAGUAAAUUAAUAGACGACUGGUGCGACCCCUGAUGACGUUUUUAUAGAAUGUUAGUAACUACUAUCAAUACGCCGCUCAUUUUGGAGCUAAACGCAGUCAGUAUGAUGUUAGUGAUUUACUUCAUUAACAUCGUACACCUUCUCGAUUUUACUUUUACGAUGUACAGCCAAGAAAGUUCGAGAAAUGUGGGUUCUUGGAUUUUCACGCUCACAUCGUGGGUGAUUUUGGCCAUCAUUUGUUUUAUUUAAAAAAGUAUUAGGACUUGCAUGCUCUGCACUGAUCUCAGUCUUUACGGCGUAUUUAAUCGCGGAUCAUGUGAAUGUACAUUGGGUUUAUUGCUUCUCAAUUUGCAUUCAUCUGAUUUUGCAUCAAAUUAUUUAAUUUGAUUCUUUUAUUUUAAAUCGGUAGUUUUUUGAGCCGGCAACAUUUAGUUUUGGAAGACCUUUGGUGUUGCCGACUUCAAUGACUUCCCAUAUUAAAUUAAUUAAUUUUCUAUAAUUUGAGGUGUCCGUUUUGUUAGAUUUGACUUUGAAUUUUUGUUACUGAUUGUUUCUCUUGCGUUCACACUCGGACCUUAGUUCUAGCAAGUAAUGUGAUAUUGUCCUCUAAGUGUCACAUUACUGACCGGAAUAUAUUCCGGGUUUAAUUUUUUAUUUAAAACAUUAAAGCUUUUUUUUCACGAUGGAUUACAGAUUGAGACGAUGUGCAGCGCAAUGUAUGGUCUGAGGCUAUUAUAAUUUAAUAUUAUCUUUCAUUAUUUGGCCAACCAAAAUGACGACGAACUACUACUUAUAUCUUGGAAAAACCUGUAAUUAAGUUCCUAAUUUUCACAAAAAUAGGGUUUUAAUACUUCCCCACAUAGUAAUUAAACCUUAUUUUUCAGAAUCUAGCUUUAAGAUAUUUAAGAUUGGCCCGAUGUUGCGAACGAGCUCCGUGACAUUAAGUCCCGAUCUAAAUUAUGGUUUUUGGUUUCCCGUCUAUUUCUGAAUAUUAUUUUUCGUAUUAUACGUUUAGCAGUUAUAUCUUUAGGUUUCAUAGUUUGAAUUCCGUUUUGUUACUUCAGCAUUUCCAAGAAUGUAAGAUCCAACCAUCAUAAAUGGCGUAGGUCAAUUUUAUGUCAACCGCCGCGGGACAUAAAAUCGAUGAUACAAGAAAAAAAGUUUUCACAAUUAAAUUGGUGCCGAUACCGAUACGAACACACGAUUGCCCGUAAUAAUAUACAAAUAAUUUUCACUUAGUGAGUAUAACAAAAUUGAUGAUUAAAUUCCGUUUUGUUACUUACUCAUCUUUUGUGGCAAAACAAAAUUAAUGGAAAAAGUUUUAACAUUAUAAGUGUUUACCCACAGUCAGAAAGGCAUUCUUUAUUCCUUGUUAAAUGCCUGCUGAAAACAUAUUUUAUGAUUAGGAUUAUCAGAUCUGAGCUCCGUAGACCUGAUAGUUUAAUCAGAAAAGAUUUUGCACAUUUUUAACUAUUUUCUCAUUAAUCCCUGCAAUACUGCAUUCACGAGUGCCAACUACUACGGGCUAUAGUAAUUGGCACUUACUGUGAAAAUAAUGCAGGAGUUAUCAGCAAAAUAGUUUAUUUUUUUUUAUUAAUAUUCAUAUUAUUUAAGUAAGUAUAAUUUUAUUUACAAUGGUCUGAUAAAAGUCAAAUGCAAACCUCUUUGCUUUUUUGUGAUUUUUUAAGAUGUUAAUUCACAGAAAAAGCUUGGGGUAUGAUCUUUGCACGACCAUCCAAAAUAUUAACAUUUUGUUGACUAAUUUUCUGUUAAUUCCUGCAAUCAUCAGCCUUUGUAAGUAUCACCUACUACGGACUGUUUUAGUUGACACUUAUGUGAAAUGCAGGAACUAACAGAAAAUUUAUUUUAAUUUUGUGUUAAUUUUCAUAUUAUUUGUAAUUAUUUUCAAUGGUCUGAUACGAAUCAAAUGCAAGCCUCUUUGCUUUUUUUGUGAUUUUUUAAGAUGUUAAUUCACAGAAAAAGCUUAGGGUACCAUCUUUGCACGACCAUCAAAAAUAUUAACAUUUUGUUGACUAGUUUUCUGUUAAUUCCUGUAAUCACCAGCCUUUGUAAGUAUCCCCUACUACGGACUGUUUUAGUUGACACUUACGUGAAAUGCAGGAACUAACAGAAGAUUUAUUUUAAUUUUUGUGUUCAUUUUCAUAUUAUUUGUAAUUAUUUUCAAUGGUCUGAUAAAUUAAAUGCGAAUCUCUUUGCCUUUUUUGUGAUUUUUUAAGAUGUUAAUUCACAGAAAAAGCUCAGAGUACCUACCACCUUUGCACGACCGUUCUGGUAAACAUUAUAUUGUUUUUCUAACGUUUAUAUUUAUUAAACUUAUAUUUUUGACAGGGUUAAAUUAAAUACCUGUUACACAUUGAGCUCAGCUCGUACGCAGGUAUUUAAUAUGAAAUGGCAUUUACCCAGUGGAGUUAAGAAUUCCUUUUACCAUCAUCCCUUAAUGUCUUUUUUGAUGAUCUAUAAUAAUGUCGAGAUAUCAUAGAUGGUUAAAUAACACAUUAAGGCCUGGUUCAGACACGCGUGAUAACCGCGGUUUCUGGGUGGUUCUCAUUGACGAUGCACUGGGGCGGUAACCGUGUGGUAACGUUUAGAGGUAAAAUCUACAAGAACUUAUAACCUCGCGGUUGUCGAUGUCUAAACCGGCACUAACGUGUUUAAAUACCUGUUUGUAGUAGCUCGCAUGCAGGUAGUUAAACAUAAACAGGGUAUAAACACAGAAAAGUCUGGAUUAGUCAUCUUUGCACGACCAUUCACAUAUUCAUUUUUAACGUCAACAUUAUUUUUCUAAUUAUAUCGUUUUAUUUAUUGUCUUCACACAUUUUGUGAGUAAUGAAUGUUAGUUAAGAGUUCGGACUCAUGUUCAUUACCUACUUUGACUAAAUGCCUUUCUGGUGCUUGUCAUUUAACAUGUUUAAAUAUCUGUAUGUUUUAAGGAACGUAGCCAGGUAUAUAAACAUGAACAGGAAGCGAAUACACAGAAAGGUCUGGAGUCAAUUUCUUUGAACGGUCCUGCCGUUCACACGAUUUAAUACAUCUUAAAUUUACCCGGAUAAAACACCUUAUGGUUGUCUUUUAUUGCAUAAUUUGAAUUAUUUGUGUGUUGCUGUGGCAUUACAGAUAUUCAAUAAGCAAAACAAGAUAGCAGUCAGGUGUUUUUAUCAUGCGUUGUAUUCAUCAAUAGAGUCAGGUAUUCUGCAUAAAUCCAUGACUUAUGAAAACUAAAAUUACUUUCUCUAGUUUUCUCUAUCAAAGUCUGUGUUUGUAAGUACCAAAUACACUAUCCGAACUCGUAACGCUGUGAAAAGGCAUUGGCAUUUUGGGAGGGUGGGUGGUGUCAUAUGCCUAAUCAUAGACAUCGAGCUGAGUUGGUGCAGUUGGUACUUACUUCUACUAACAUUGGUUUGCGAUAAUUAAUAGCAGAGUAAUUUUAGUUUUCAUUAAUAAGCUAGUGGUGAGCUGUAAGUUAUUUUUAUUAAUCAAUAUUACGUUGGUUUUCCCGCACUUUUUCAAGAAAAUAUUGACUGUUUUGCUAAUUAACUAUGACAUUUAUAUUCGGCGCUGCAUUGUGUUGGGGGCGUUGGGGCUCAUCUCAAUGUUAGUAUGGAAUAUGAAAGCACUAGUUUGGUAAGGCAAGUUAUAUAUUUUUAUUUGAUUUGCUUACUUAUAAUAAUUUUCAUGAUUCAUCGCCUGUAAAUAGCUUUUUUGAUUUGGAUUAUUGUUGUGACUGUUCCUCCCCGUGCAGAUACAGCAAAUAACCGAAUCAAAACAAAAACUUUUACUUGGUUACAUUAUUGUUCUUUUGCUGAUUUGUUAUUUUAAACAUUGAAAUUAUAUUUAUUUCCUUAAUUUUUGUAACUACGACAUUUAUAUUAGUUACUUGUUCGAUUGGGCUCAGUAUUGUACAAGUAAAUAAUACGAAAGGACUAGUUUGGUAAGGCUUACUUAUUAUUUUCAUUGGUUUUAGUAAAUAUCUUUUUUGGUUUAAAUUAUCACUGUGUCUGUCCACUUCUUCGUUCAGAUGCAACAGAUGGUUCAAACGAAAAAUGUUUUUUUCUUUGUUUAAUUUUUUUGCUGUUUCAUAAUAAUUACGCGGGAAUUUACGAAACUUUUAAAUUAUAUUUAUUUCCUAUUGUUUUGUUAAACUGACUUAUGUUCGUUACAUGUUUCCAUUGAUCCUAAAGGCAAGAUCAAUGUUGACAAGUAGAUAAUAAUAAAAAAGGUGACGCAUAUUUUUUGAUUUGGAUUGUCAGUGUGUUCAAAUCAAAAGGACCUUAUUAAAAAAAAAGUUAAACCACGUAUGAACACUGGUUUAAAAUGACAUAUUGAUUGAAUGUCAUAUUAAACUAGAGUUCAACUUUUUGUUAUAAAGGGGGAAACGUUUUUAUUUACGUAACAAUUGUUGUUUUCAUUAGCUCCACUAUGGUAUCAGGAGUUCUGCAGAAAACCAUGAUUUUAAAAUUAAUUUGCUAUUAAUUCCCGUAGCCAGUGUAGAUAUUGGUAAGUACGAACUACAUUAACUAAAUCGCAUACCGUGAAUAGGCACACGUACGUUUUUGGUGGGAGGGUGGUGUAAUUUGCCUAUGCUUGUUCACGGUCAGUGAGUUCGGAUGUUGUAGUAGGUACUUAGCUAUGGAAAUAUCGGUUGGGAGAUUUAAUAGCACAGUAAUUUUAAUCCGUAAGUUUUACUUUUGUUUGUGGAUAAUGUCCAUCAAGAACUUUUCUGUGUCUUAUUUUGUGAUGGUUUUAAGGCACAGAAAGAUUAUUCGAUGCACUUCCAUCAGGAUGAUCCAUUAAAUUACAAGUUUUCAGUUUAAUCGAGUAUUUUUUAUUACUUUUUUUGUAUAAAUUUUGUAAUUAUGACUUUUUUAUUCUGACCUGUAUGUGUUGGAAAAAUACAGUGUGGAAUGUAAAAAGAGUAGCUAUUUGAUGGAAUUUAUGUUUAUCAUUAUUACAUCCGGGUAAAUACCUUAAUGCCUAUUGAAAAUAUUUAUUUAUUAGUUUUGAAUAAUCAAUUAGUGUUUUGAAACGCUCGCUCGAGACACAACAUUGAUUUUUCAGGAAGUUUGUUUUUAAUUUUUUAUAUCUUAUAUUUUAUUAUAAACAAUCAUUUUGUGUUUUUGAGACACUGACACAACAUUGAUAAUUCUAUACAUAUUUUUAUUUAUUUGGAUAACUCCUUGGACGUGUUGAAAGUUUUUUUCAUGUUUAUCAACCAUUGGGCAAUCAAACCUUAAAAUUGUUCAAAUUAAUACCUCACAAAUCUUCCAUUUGGCUGGUUUUAUUAGAUUUUUUUUAUUAAAAAUGUGACUUGGAAACGGCAGAUGACAAAAACAGACAAUUAAGUAGGUACAAGCUAAAAUGCUGACUGGAUGCAGCAGCAGCAGGCAACGACUCGCCGCUAUCAACCGUUUCCUGUAUUUCUAUGAAUAUAAACAACGGAUGCUAUUUCAUAUAAAUACAUAGAAACCUUUACCCUCUUACACACUUGUUGAACACUGUUUUAAAGUGACAUCUCACAUCGUCACUUUAAAACACCAUACAACAAGCGUGUAAUUAAUAAAAAGUUACACACUUCUUGAACACUGUUUUAAAGUGACAUUCCCAACCACUUAACGCCACUUUAAAACACUGUUCAACGAGUGUUUAAUGUUUAUUAGUAACAGGGUUAAUGUUGCGGCAACAUGUCGCCUGCUGCUGCUGCGUGUAGUCAGCUUCAAACUUAUUACCAUAUUUUCAACACCUCUUUAAACUGCUAUUGUAUUGUGGUUGGAUCUAAUUCUGGCAUUCUAUUUAUAUUAUUUUUUAUUAAAUACUUAUAAGUGUGAGUUGGAAGUGGCAGUACAAUGCAGACGAUGACUACUACUUUGACCGCUGGCAACUACUAGUUUCCAUGCCAUUUGUUUGAAAUUACUUUCGAACGAAGCGGCACCUUCGCCUGCUGCCAUCGUCCAAUUUACACUUUUAAGUAGAGUAAACCUGUAAUGUCACGGUCUCUCGUAACAUAAACAAGUACCUGCUAGUUGCGGGUUAGUCCACUUUCCCCAUUGGUACUACACCCCAGUGAAUUAAGUGGAAUAACCCCUUGUUGCGAAGUGAAUGGGCCGGAGUGGUCUGGAGUGGAGGAACGACUUCGCCCCAAUAAAGAGAAGGUCACAGCUUCGAUGAGAUGGAAUGGUGAUUGUCACUUGUUUGCGAUUUUAAUUUCGUUGAGUGCACUAGGUUAGACCCGGGUUUCAUCAAACACAUAAUUUAGCUAAGUCAGUUAAUCGGAGGCGACAUUAGCACGCUAUCGCAUGGCUAAGUUGACUACAUUUGUCAACUUUGACUUGGAAGCGGCAAAUGGGUCUGGUGAUACCUACUUCCUACUGCACACGAUGAGCCAUGAAAAUCAGAAACCAUAUACAAACAUCUACUAGUAUGCUUGGAGAUUGCCAGUUUAGCAUCUUCAAACAUUGCCGUCUCAUCGUGGCUUUUGUACAUAUUUGUAUAAAUAGUUUCACUAUGUGUCUUUUCGGACUCGUUGUAAGGUUGUGGCAUUACUAGUUAGGGUCGAUGGAACUGGCCCAAGCUUCACUCCCAUGCUGGAGUGUUCUCACAUCAAUACGGGAGUCUAAGCUGACGCUAGCAACGCCAUAACAGCCAUAAGUUAAGUCUAUUUUAAGUAAGGCGCUGUGGUGAGUACCUACCUACCUGUAUUGAAAAAUGGGAUUCAUCCCGAUAACAACACUCUACACGAGUGUAUUUUUUGGCCAGAAAAUGUUGAGCUGCCAAAGGUCCUCUUACUUUGACAGCUCCAACUCUACACGAGUGUAUUUUUUUGCUAGAAAAUGUUGAGCUGCCAAAGGUCCUCUUACUUUGGACAGCUCCAAAUUCUAACUGCUUUAUGUCGACUCGCAAGAGACUGAAGAGCAAUAAACAUUCGAAAAAUCGCUAAAUAUUUAUAAAUGUGUUAACUCGGUCGACAAAGCCAAGACUUCUUGCUAUGCAUUGAGAUCUGCUAGCAUAUCUCGGACUGACAUUAUACACUUUAAAGGAAUAUUACUUUCUGACGCUAAAGAACACCAUGCAAAGGUCAGACUCAGAAUCAGAAUUCCUUAUGACAUUACCUACUUUUAAUACAAUUAAGAUAAAAAUAUUAUCUUAAGUAUCUAAGAUUGAGAGGAGUAGCCAAAUUAAAAUAACCAUAUUGAAUUUAAUAGUAGUAAAGUUACGAUGUGAAUAUUGGGGAGUACGAGUAGCACUUUGUACUAUAUUUAUUUGAUAAGUAAAGUUUUUUUGAAAAUAUUUUAUUGAUGUUGUCACUUUUUAAAUAUUUAAGACGUCACAUUAUUUUCCUGCAAUAUUAUUGUAUACAAUUUUGUUGCUAUUUAUUAAAUUCUAUUGCGAUAUUCAUUCCGGAUUGUGAGAUGUUUUUUGCCUUAUAACUCUUAAUUUAGUAGAGAAUUUAAUUCUCAGUUUUAUACUUAUUUAUGGAAAUAAAGUAUAUUUAGUUACUUUAAGUUAAAAAGAUAAUUUUGGCGUUGUGCUGAUGAUUUACUAAAAUUAUUACUUUAUUUUAUGAGUUUUAUACUUAAUUUAAACUGACUUAUGGCGAAGUAUACGACUAUACGUAUUUCGGUACGAGAAUAACAAAUAAAUGCCACUACCACUGGCAUCACCAAUCGCCAUUGAAUUUCUUUUAGUUUAAGAAGUCUUAAUUUGUUAAGUGUAAAAUUCAAUUUGUUAAGUGUAACAUUCAUUUGUUGAGUUUAACAAUUCAUACCUACUUAUGUUGUGUUAUUAUACUUAAUUUCAAUUUCAUUAUCUUUCUUUUGGGCUGAUGGCUCAGUAAAACUUAAUAAAAUAAAAAUAGUAUAAUUAUGUGGAUGUGAGUUAGGUAAAAUUAUUUAAAUUUUCAAUUACGUUAGUGCUGCUCCUAUAAGGAACGGAUGUUUGUGAGAGUCUAUAUACUAGGAUAAUACUAAUUUUAUUAUUAUUAAAUUGAGAAUUUUAAUGUUAUGAACAUCAUUAAUGUCUGAUCGGUAACAUUCCAUUGUAAGUAUUUUUGUUUAUUUAUAUAAAUUUUUAGAUUAUUAUGAAUUGUUUUCAUUCAGUUAUAUUAUUUUCAGUACGUGUAAAGUCAUUAGUUCCAAAUAAUGUGAUUUCGUUAAUAUUUUUUAUUAUUUAAGCCAUUCGUUGUUUGUAUUAUUAUUGUACUUAAGUUUUAUUGUUUAAAUUUUGAUGUCUGGUGCGAUUUAGUUCUUGUGGUUUUAUGUUCAAACUAUUUCAUAAUAAUGCAACCAUAGUGAAUUUAAUAAAAAUUCGGUAGAAAAUAUUGUAAUGUAAUUAAAAAGUUUAAAUGUAAAAUCACAUGAAGUCAAACGAAUAAUAAACCAUAGUUAAAACUCUAUCUACCUACUAAUUUUAAUCUAAAUUAUAUUAUUUGCUCUACAUUUGAAUGGGAAGGUGUUGGGAUACUCACACACUUAUAUUUGAAUGUAGCACAAUAUUAGACACAUCAAAAUUAUUGUGAACGUAUCUUAAUUAACACAAAAAACGACAGCAUUAUUAGAUUGAAAAAACAACUAAGA